AUGGACGAGCAGGUCCUGCCGCUUAGUUUGUCCCCCGCGCUCUCCAUCUUCACCCGCCGCGGGCUCUUGCCCUUUUGCCUGACCUUUCCAUCGGGCUUCACACUGGACCCGAGCUCGGAGACCCCGCUCGACCUGCUGGAGCUCUCGCCGGGGAUGGCGGGGUGGGUGGACCCGACGGUCGCGCGGACCUUGACGAUGCUAGACGGGAUGGACGCCGCGACGCUGGACGAGCUUGAGAUCUCUUUCACCCUCCCCGGUGAUGACACCUUUGAGCUUAUCCCCGGCGGCGCCCAGACGCGCCUAACACGACGAAAUUUAGGCCGUUAUCAGCGCCGUGUAGGGGCCGCGAUUCUCUACGAGUCCGCCCAGCUCCCCCUGCGGCUGCUCACGAUGGGCUUCGCCGACGUCGUUCCGCCAGGGGCUUUUUGUAUGUUGGAGGAGGAAGAGCUGAUGGGGGUGCUGUGCGGGGCCGCCCGGCGGCCAGGCGGGGCGCUCUGGACGGAGGAGGAGAUCCGCGCCGUCCUCAUCGGGGAUCACGGCUACCGCAGCGCCUCCCCGCAGCUCAGCAUGCUCGCACACAUCCUUGGCGCCCGCUUCUCUCACGCCCAGCAGCGCGCUUUUCUGCAGUUCUGCACAGGAUGCCCCGCCCUCCCGCUCGGCGGGGUGGCCGCGCUCGGAGCGAUUACCGUUGUCCGGGGCUCCGCUGCAGGACCGCCGGGACUCCCGCCUCUUUUCAAUCCUAGCCCCAAAACGUUUCCCGCUGAUUUUCCGCGUGAAGCCUCGGGGGAAAGUCAGGCCGCAGCCUUUUUUUCCUCCACGGAGGACACGACUAGCGCAGACGAGAUAGAGUGGCCGCUGCCAUCCGUCAACACUUGCUUUCGUUACCUCAAACUCCCUCCUUACCCAACCGAGGAGCUCAUGAUGAAGAAACUUCUCCUUAGUAUCUCAUACAGCGGCGAUACCUUCGAGCUUUCUUAA